GCUCCGCCCCCCCGCGCGGCGGCCUUAGCGGCGGCGGCGGCACUCAACGCUCAGAGCGGCGGUUGGCAGCGGGCUCGGCAGGAUGGUGGGGGUCAGCGGCGCAGAGCGGCUCCGCGAUGGCAGCUGCCACUUCCAGCGCUCCCGGCUCAUCUGGAUGAUCGCCAUCGCCUUCGGCAUGGUCGUCCUCGGCUGGGUGUCGCUUUUUCCUUCAACUAUACCUUAUAGUUAUUUGGGAGUGUUUGGUACCUUCCUUAAUUAUUUAGUGGAAAACCACCACAAAUGGGUAUGCUAUGGGUUCUGGGUAUCCUGGUUGAUUCACGUAGUAGAAGCCUUCUACGGUGUUAAGAUGUGCCAAUCUAAAGGAAUUACUGACCCAGCAGUUCAGUUUCAUUGGUUUCUUCAGACACUUUUAUUCGGGUAUGCUUCCUUCGGUCUUCUGGUGUCUUACAAGCCUGCAGCCAAGAAGCAGUACUAGAAGCAGUGAAAGAAGUUACUUUUUGCAUUCUUCAUCCUCAUUUUUUGGAAAAUACCCUUGAUUAUGUAUCUAGGUACUGUAAUUAACUAAAAUACAUUCCUGCUACAUGAUGCAGUGCUGUUUUACCCAAGUAACUCUCCUCUUACUAAAGAAGACAAUUAUAAUUCACAGGGCCCAGUAAAAAUUCAGCCCUUCAGUCUUGGCAAUGCCAGAGUUUAAUCCCAUUUAGUAUGCAAGAAGCCAAAAGCUGCUCCUCUGCAGUUUUUGACAUAGACUAUAUAAUCUGAUUGUCAUAGAAAAGUUCCUGACAACUGGUAGUAGUGGUUGAUAAAUUACCUUUUCAUGUGGAGGAGUUUUUUUCUACAUCCGGGAGAGUAUUUACAGCCACAAGGGAACUUGCACUUGUUUUGUGAUAGGAUUUAAGUUUACAUAUAUUUUCUCUACAGGACCUCUUAGUGGCUUUUGUUGUUGCUGUUAGACCCUGGUAUUUGUACUUUGUUUUGUCAAGUUAUUUUCUUCCACAAAAGACAAGCUACUGUAUUGCUGCAGGCACAUUAAAAAGACCAAAUCUCAGUUCUGGUUGAGGUGCAGUGAUGAGCUUGGACAUGUAAUGCACUUCAGUGUGGUUUAAUACAUGUGCCUUAAAUUUCAUGCAGCAUGACCUCAUCUUUUGAGUGAAGAUUUUAAUCUUUGAGUUAGUACAACAUAAAAUGAUAAUCUUGUAGCUUUGAGGGCAGCUUGUUCAAAAAAUAAUUUAUUAUCCAGGAAAGAGAGAAAAUAAAUUGGCAUUCCCAAAACCUAGCUGAAAAUUUUAUAUCUGUGGAUGAAAUUGAAAGUAGUGAGUAAACGUACACCACUGUUUCAUGAUGCUGAUGUCCUGAAAUCUGUGGUUGAGUGACCAUCUUAAGGCCCCCUCAGGGUACUUCUGUAUGCGCAGUGAGCCUUUUAUCAUAUGGUCUUUGAAUAUCUGAACAAGAAUUCAGCCUGUCUUGUUUAGCACUUUUUAAAGUAAUAACUAUUUAAAUAUUAGCUAUGGUGUGGGGAGAAGUUUUAGCUUGCCAUCUGUGCUGCUAGUGUUCUGGUAGAAGGGAAAAGAAAAGUUUGUUCUUU